CUGAACAGAGUCACAAGUUCUAACAGAAAAGCCAUAUUCGAUGGAGAUUGCAUCAGAGGAAGUUGGAUCUGGGGGGGCUGGCGUCGAGCAACAAAACUCUGGCAAUGGUAUGUGACCUCUAGAUCCAAUACAUCAGUGACCAUGCUGACCACAAAGCUCCUACCUGUCGCCUCUCAUCACUAUCGUCGUCGGUCCACCAGCUCAUCAAGUCACCUUCUACAUCCACCAAGACAAACUCAUCCCCAUUCCGUUCUUCCAAGCUGCUCUCCGACCCGACGCAUUCAUCGAAGGCGAGCAAAGGAAAAUCCACUUUGAAGAAGAGAAACCGGAGGUGUUCGGUCGAUUUGUCGAAUACCUGUACGAAGAAGAUUUUUUUCCACGCUACAAAGAGGGGCCAUCGGGUGGCUCGGUCUGCUUAGAGCUGGAAUCGCACGUUCAAAGCAUGUUGCCAUGGCGUGAACCAGAACUAUACUGCGAAAAACACCACAUAUCCGGAUUGGUCUGCGGUACCUUCGCCGCCAGCGAAGCCUCAUACCCUAUAUUUGAACAUUUGGUUCUCGUAAUCUGUCUGGCAGAGCGUUACUGCUGUUUUGAGACCUUGGGUCUAAUAGCUUUGGGAAAGAUGUUGUUACUACCAAUGGGGCCGAAGGAGUUUUCGUGUCUCAUCAAACACGUCUUGAAAAGCAUUCCGGAGACCAACAGGACGGUGUAUGAGCUCUUGGAGAGGAAACUGCGUCUUUUCCGCCCCUGCCUCGCUCAUUGUGAGUUCUUUCGGGAUCUUGAGAGAAGUGAUGACAAUAUCCUUCUUCGAGGACUUUUGAGAUUGAUGAACAAGUUUGACCCACUCAAACAGCUGGUCCCUUAUACAAUCUUGUAUUGUCUCGCCGUAUGCCAUCGGGACAUCACAGUUCAAGAAUGUGUCGGAAGGACUUUGUAUGGUACUACGUUUGGCCCACAAGGAAGGCCUUUUGGUGCCGCCUUCAAGGGUCAGGUGCUUGUCACAGAUGGGCUUGUCAAAGGCAAAGAAAAAUUAUUCAUCGGAGGGUCUGCCGAGGCAGACGAAGAUUCCUGGCUUUCUUAUCCUUCCUCGGCAUUUUAUUUGUUGAAUGGUGAUGACUGGUCUCCAGAAGAGGAGACGGAGGAGAUGGAGGAGACAGAGUAA